AUGGCUCCCAGAAAGUUUCCACCUUUCUGGGUCUUCGCAUUUGGGUGCCUUCUGAUCACCACCACCACCACAGCCAUUGAUGACCAAAACCCAGAAGCCAAUGCCCUCCUCUCCUUCAAAUCCAGCCUCGAAAACCCAGAAAUUCUAGCCUCAUGGAAACACUCCACCCCGCUCUGCAACUGGGUCGGCGUCGCAUGCCGACUCGGCCGAGUUGACUCACUCUCCCUCCCCGAUUUAGGCCUCCGCGGCCCGAUUCCAGCCCAGCUCGGCGGCCUGACUCAACUCACCGUCCUCGACCUCUCCUCCAACCUCCUCCGCGGCCCAAUUCCGGCCCAACUCGGCGACCUGGCUCACCUCCAGACCCUCAAACUCAGCUCCAACUCGCUCGCCGGAAAAAUCCCGCCGGAGAUCGGAAAAUUGGCGAAUUUACAGACUCUUGAGCUUUCCGGAAAUGGGCUCGCCGGAGAAGUCCCGGCCCAGAUUGGGAACCUGACCCGGCUUCAGUACUUGGACUUGGGUAACAACCUCCUCUCUGGUUCUCUGCCUUUAGCUCUGUUUCAAAAGCUUCAGUCUUUAUCUACAUUGGACAUAUCAAACAAUUCGUUUUCCGGUUUAGUUCCACCGGAAAUCGGUAACCUUAGAAACCUCACUGAGCUCUACACUGGGUUGAACCGGUUUUCGGGUGCAUUGCCUAAAGAAAUUGGAGAGCUUUCACUGCUGGAGAUUUUUUCCUCUACGGCGUGUUUGAUCACCGGUCCGUUGCCGGCGGAGUUGUGGAAGCUGAAGUCACUGACCAAGCUUGAUCUUUCUCAUAAUCCUCUGAGGUGUUCUAUACCGAAAGAGAUAGGAGAGUUGAAGGAGCUGAGUAUAUUGAAUAUGGUGUUUUCUGAGCUCAAUGGGAGUCUCCCUCCGGAGUUGGGAAAAUGUAGGAAUUUGAAGACUGUGAUGCUUUCGUUUAAUUCGCUUUCCGGGGAGUUGCCGGAGGAGCUAAAGGAGUUGCCAGUGCUGACGUUUUCGGUUGAGAAGAACCAGCUUUCCGGGCCAUUGCCGGCUUGGUUUGGGAAGUGGAGUCAGGUUGCGACGAUAUUGCUUUCAAGUAAUCAGUUUUCGGGGAAGAUUCCUCCUGAGAUUGGGAAUUGUUCUAUGCUGAUGCAUCUUAGCUUGAGCAACAACUUGUUGAGGGGUGCAGUUCCAGAAGAGCUGUGCAAUGCUGUUUCGCUUAUGGACAUUGAUCUAGGUGGUAAUUUCCUUUCUGGGACGAUUGAGAAGACAUUUGUGAGGUGUAGGAAUCUUACUCAGUUGAAUUUGCUGAAUAAUCAGAUUACUGGUUCGAUUCCUGAGUACCUUUCGGAGCUUCCAUUGAUGGCGAUUCAGCUUGAUUCAAACAACUUCACCGGUGAAUUACCUGCUAGCCUUUGGAGCUCUGUUAAUUUGAUGGAGUUUUCGGCCUCUAAUAAUCAGUUGAAUGGUUCUCUCACCAGGGAGAUUGGCAAUGCUGCUGCAUUGGAAAGGCUUGGUCUGAGUAACAACCAGUUGGGGGGCACCAUACCUAAGGAGAUAGGGAAUCUGAGUGCUCUCUCGGUUUUGAACCUGAACUCUAAUUUCCUUGAGGGGCAGAUUCCUAGUGAGGUUAGCCUCUGCAAGGCCCUCACUACACUUGACUUGGGGAGCAACAAUCUCACUGGCGCGAUACCGGAGGAGCUUGGUGACCUUGCUGAGUUACAGUGUCUAAUCCUUUCGCGGAAUGAUCUGUCCGGGCCGAUCCCUUCAAAGCCAUCACUCUAUUUUCGGCAGGUGAAUUUCCCGGAUAUAAGUUUUGUUCAGCAUGUUGGUGUAUUUGAUCUAUCCUAUAAUAGAUUGUCUGGCCAUAUACCGGAAGACUUAGGUGAAUGUGUAGUUCUUGUGAAUUUGGUGAUCAACAACAACAUGCUCUCUGGGCGAGUUCCUACAUCACUCUCUCGCUUAACAAAUCUCACAACCUUGGAUUUGUCUGGGAAUAUGCUUAGUGGUUCCAUUCCUCCAGAGUUUGGUGAUUCCCCCAAGCUUCAAGGGCUGUAUCUGGGAAACAACCAGCUUACAAGCACCAUUCCUGAAAGCUUGGGUCGUUUAGGCAGUUUGGUGAAGCUGAAUUUAACUGGUAAUAAGUUAUCUGGUGCUGUACCGGCAAGUUUUGGGAACCUGAAAGGGCUAACUCACUUAGAUUUGAGUUCUAAUAAGCUAGAUGGUGAGCUUCCUUCUUCUCUUUCAAGCAUGCAGAAUCUGGGAGGGUUGUAUGUGCAAGAGAACAGGCUUUCUGGUCGAAUAGAUGAGUUGUUCUCAAACUCUAUGGCUUGGAGGAUUGAAACUGUCAACUUGAGUCACAAUUUCCUCACUGGGGAAUUGCCCCUUUCAUUGGGAAAUCUUUCAUACUUGACAUAUUUGGAUCUUCAUGCAAAUUUGUUUGAAGGAAAGAUUCCUCCAGACCUUGGGAACCUGGUGCAACUUGAGUAUUUUGAUGUUUCUAGUAACCAGCUAUCUGGACAUAUUCCUGAGCAAGUGUGCAACCUCACCAGUCUGGUUUACUUGAAUUUGGCCGAAAAUGGUCUGGAAGGGACGAUUCCCAGGAGUGGAAUUUGCAGGGAUCUUUCGAAAAUAUCUAUUGUUGGUAACAAGAAAUUAUGUGGGAGAAGUGCGAGUUUUGAUUGCCGAGUCAAAAGCUUAGACAAAUCAGCACUGCUAAAUGCCUGGGGACUUGCAGCAAUUGUAAUUGGAAGUGCUCUGAUCUCUCUUGCAGGGGUCGUGGCUCUGAUCAGAUGGCUUACAAGAAGCAGCCGGCAAAGCGAUCUUGAAGAAAGAGAGGAUAGCAAGCUGAAGAGUUUCAUGGAUCACCAUCUCUAUUUCCUGAGCAAUAGCCAACCAAAGGAGCCUCUGAGCAUCAAUAUGGCCAUGUUUGGGCAGCCUCUUCUGAAACUAACUCUAGCGGAUAUCCUUGAAGCUACCAACAAUUUCGACAAGAUAAAUAUUAUUGGAGAUGGGGGGUUCGGAACUGUGUACAAAGCCACUUUGUCCAACGGGAAAACAGUUGCAGUGAAGAAGCUGAGUGAGUAUAAAACCCAGGGUCACCGAGAAUUUAUUGCUGAAAUGGAAACCCUGGGUAAGGUGAAGCACCAGAAUCUUGUUUCAUUGCUGGGAUAUUGUUCUAUCGGUGAGGAGAAGCUCCUUGUUUAUGAAUACAUGGUGAAUGGGAGCCUAGACCUGUGGCUGAGAAAUCGGAUGGGAGCUCUUGACGUCCUAGAUUGGGACAGACGUUUCAAAAUUGCAAUGGGUGCAGCGCGAGGCCUAUCAUUUCUUCACCAUGAAUUAGUCCCCCACAUCAUUCACAGGGAUAUCAAAGCCAGCAACAUCUUACUCAAUGAAGACUUUGAGCCAAAGGUUGCAGACUUUGGACUUGCAAGACUGAUCAGUGCCUGUGAGACUCAUAUCACAACUGAUGUUGCUGGAACAUUUGGCUACAUUCCACCAGAGUAUGGACAAAGUGGGAGGUCGACCAAAAAGGGAGAUGUCUAUAGUUUUGGUGUGAUACUGCUUGAACUGGUGACUGGAAAAGAGCCAACUGGACCCGACUUCAAAGAGAAGGAAGGUGGAAAUUUGGUAGGCUGGGUGCUUCAGAAGGUCAAGAAGGGGCAAGCUGCUGAUGUUCUUGACCCUUUGGUACUCAGUGUGGAUUCUAAACAGGCCAUGUUGCAAGUGCUGCAGAUUGCUUGUGUGUGCCUGUGUGACAACCCUGCUAGCAGACCUACAAUGCUUCAAGUGCUGAAGAUUCUUAAAGGGAUGAAAGAUGACGAGUAAAGGGCAGACUGACUUCCUUUUAUUGUCAUGAGGGUGAUAGGCUUGUUGUCAUAAUCUGAUGUUGAUCUUGUAUAAUAAUGGUGUUGUAAAGUAGUCGAGUACUUAGGAUGUUAAGCUGUACUGCUUUAAUCUUCUAACCUAAUCAAAUCUUAAGCCAGGAGUUCCAU